GCUCAUCUGCGCGGCGGCGGCGGACAGACACACGGACAGAGGCAGCCGGGGACAGAGGGAGCGGGCGCAGAUGGGCGGCGGUGGCGGCGAGGCGGUGGCAGAAGCAACAGCAGCAGCAACACCAGUAAAACCAGCAGCACCACCAGCAGCGGCAGUAAAACCAGCAGCGGAGGCAAAACCAGCAGCGGCGGCGGCGGCGGCGGAGCCGAGCGCCCCUUGCCAUGCGGAGCGCCCCGCUGGCCGCGGGCGAGCCCUGGCCGCGCCUCUGCGCCUCGGAGCUGGGGACGCUGCGGCGGCUGCGGCGCAAACACGCCUGCAAAAGUUUCCGCGUGGAGCUCAAAGUGCUGAGCGGGAGGCGCUCGGGGCUCCGCGCUGCACCCCCUCCGCCUCCUCCUCCUCCUCCGCCGCCGCCGCCGCCGCCGCCCGCCUGGCAGCCCCGCAGCGCCGCGCUCGGCGCCGCCGCCACCGCCUUCCCCGCCGCGGCGCCGCCGCCCACCGCCGCCUCCCCGCGCCCCGCACCGGCGCCCGCGGGCUCGCCCGAGAUCAAAGCCCUGCAGCAGACGCGGCGGCUGUUGGCCAACGCCCGCGAGAGGACCCGCGUCCACACCAUCAGCGCCGCCUUCGAGGCGCUCAGGAAGCAGGUUCCCUGCUAUUCUUAUGGUCAAAAGUUGUCCAAACUGGCCAUCUUGAGAAUAGCCUGUAACUAUAUCCUUUCCCUGGCCAGACUAGCAGACCUGGAUUACAGUGCUGACCACAGUAACAUGAGCUUCUCUGAAUGUGUGGAGCAGUGCACUAGGACCUUACAAGCAGAAGGAAGAUCUAAAAAAAGGAAGGAGUAGUAAUCAGGGAGGAUUCAGAAGAGCUUCCAGCUAGAAUUACAUCUGUUCUUGGCAAAGGCUGUAUGAUCCAGAUGAAGACUGCAAGCAGCUUUUUUGCAGAACCCCCUUUUCAAGAUGAUGAUUCGCCAAGGAACUUUCUUCAUCUCUGGGACAGAAAGGAAAAAAAAAGGAAAGAAAAAAAAAAGGAUGGAAAUGCUUCUUAUUGUUGUUAAUCCAGCCACCUUCUAGUACGUGCAAUUUAUUUAGCACUUUUCCCUUUGCUUAACUGGGAAAUGUUACCCUCUCAGCUCAUGUGUACAGUAAUUUUUUGUUGUUGUUAUUGUUGCUGUUGUGCCAAAGAUUUGAUGGAGCUUCUACACUGUGUCUUAUUUUUGCCUUAACGUUAAAUCUUUGAGCCAAAGAAAAGUCAGAGGUGUCAUCCAGACGGUGGCGAGAGGGCCAGCAAGCUGUCGGUGACAAAUCCGAGUUUCUGAAUCAGCUGUGGGUCACCUCUUAUUUCUCCUGCCCGCACUUCUUUGCAUGCAGCCCUGGAGCCAGUGUUCAGUGUGGGCAAGAGUGUGACAAAAUCAAAUCGUGCUUCAGAAUUCAGGUUUGCUUCUUUCUUUGAGCUACUCCGUAGUUCUGCCUUUUGGGCAAAUUCCCGAUGUUCCUAUCUGUGCAUCUGACACAUCCACGGAGUAGAAAUACUGACACAAAGUGAGACUGAAACAGGAGCUAUGAAUUUUUUUAAUAAAUAAAUAAAUCAAAUAAAAUAAGCAAAAGCUAAGUGGCAUUUAAAGCAAAAAAAAAGAAUACAGGAAAUCAAAAGAAAGUUCAGGUAGGCAAAAUGAAACACAGCAAAACGAUUCAGUGGGUGUUUCAGGUUUGUGAAGUCGUUUUUUUUCCAUGGGGUUUUUCAAGUGAUUGGAAACCCGUGUAAUGCAAAAGCAUUUGAAUCCUAUACUGUACCUUUCACUUCAAAUUGAAGUAAAAAAAAAAAAAAAGAAAGCAUUGAGAAACGUUUGCUUGGAGUAAGCAGACUUUAUAGGUAAUACAGUUCAUAUGCAAGACAUCUGCUAAUGAUGGGGGGACAGAGCUCUGUGUUCAAGUAAAAGAAACAUAUGGGUUUCUAAACCAAGGAGAUUAACGUAUUUUGUUUCCCACUCAAAGAGAAAGGUUAUUUGCGAGGCCAGAUUCAUAUCUUGGCUACAUCAGCGUAAAUCAGAUUCCUGGGUGUCCAACUAGUUCCAGUGUGAAUCUGGGCAAGCAUCACUGGGCACUGGGAAGGGUGAGAGACUGGGGAGGACGAGCAUCAGUGACAGGAGAGGUUAAUAGUCUGAGUUAUAUUGAUGCGAAUACAAAACUUGAGCUUCUCAGUGCUUCCCCUUUUAUUUCCCAAGCUGAGCAAUUUGCAGAUAAACACCGAGCCGCGGUGCUGGGAUGCAAAACCUGAGCUCACGGGAGCAGGGUCUGGGUCUGGGGUGCCAGCCUGCGCGGUGACAGUCUGCUAGUUGCCAAGUCCCCAGGGCAGGCAAAGGUGGGUGAGUUCUUGGUGAGGAUGCUCAAGAUGAUAUCUGAUUUCUGGGAGAUGAGGGGAAUGACUGUGUCCAAGCCCCCUCCCAAGAGCUCACAAUACUACUCACACCUCCACCCUCACUGCCCGUAAUUAUUAGCAGCCCAAUAAAAUACGUUUUUAGUUUGUCAUUUGUAUUUCUUUAUUAAAGCACAGUUUUUAACCCUGUCUUUUGUUUUAUAUGC